AUGUCACACUCGCCCAUAUCUUCACAAUUAAUUCUAUCUCGGGUUCCAUUCAUAAUUUCUCCUCGCAAUCAAUCUGCCACAUACGACCAUAGGGUGUGGAAAACAGGGCUUCCCGUCCGCUCAGCCGUACUUAAGCCACACGCCGGUGAGUUAGUAGUUGGGUGGGUGACCACCAGCGAAUCCUCACUGUUAGGUUCUGUCGUGCUGCAGCCCUGUGGAUUACUUUUGCUGAGUAGUCACGUCCCCGGAGCUGCAACAUGCGAUUCCUGCAAAACCCAAACCCUGGUUCCACGAAAACCUCGCAAAUUCCCAUCCAAGUCAUGUGUACAUUAUGGUAUUAUUGCGUCCGGAAACGUGGUAGUAAAGGAUGGGACCGAAAGGGAAAAGAUCGACCAGCGCUAUGAGAACUCGAUCCUGUGCUUUGAAAUGGAAGCGGCCGGCCUGAUGAAUAAUUUCCCGUGCCAUGUUGUCCGAGGAACCAGCGACUACUCGGAUUCUCACAAAAAUGACUAG